AUGGAUUCUUAUGAGAAAUUAAGUUAUGUAUCCAUAACACCCCAUGCAGAAUUCUUAAGGAAUUUUGUCGCAAAUACUAUAUGCCAUAGUUGCAAAACAUCUCAGCGUAAAAGAUGUAUCAACAUGGCUGAUGAUCACAAUUUAUGUUCAGAGUGCUAUAAGACUGCAGUUUUUUCCAUUGAAAGAUUACCAUAUAUUGUGCACAACUUGCGUAAAUUUUACAGACAAUUUAAUCUUAAAGUCGAUAAAAAUAUUCCCAUUUUUUUGACUGAUAAAGUUGAGAUGAGAAAGGAGUUUGACGAUAAGACCACUCAUAGUAUGACCGUGUAUGCGAAGAAAAGCACUACACUUGUGAUUAAAAACUGUUUAUGGCAAGGAGAAAAGAUGGAAGCAGUUAAAGAACCUAAAAAGCUGUCCAAGAUUUCAAUUUUACUUCGCUUUGGAUAUCCUGAUGUUAUAACAGGAGCAAGAUUGGCACAUGAGAUGAUGAAUGUAUGGUUGGGAAAUAAAGGUUGCAUGGAUAUACAGCAAAAUAUUAAAGAAGGAAUUUGUAAGGUGAUGGCUUACAAAUGGUUGGAUUGGUAUUUCUGCAAUUAUGUUGAUUCCUCGAGUGAUAAUGGCCGAUUAGGUCUAAGGUAUAUUCAAAUCUACAAACCUGAAAUCGAAUCAAACCGUGCGUUCAGAGGGGCUAAAAUGGCAGUUGAUAAGUAUGGGUUAAAACAUACGUUGAAGCAUAUCGUGAACACUAGAAAUCUUCCUGAUGUGAAUCAAGCCACUGCACUUGUUAAAAUUAUGAAUGAACCAAAUGAGAUUAACACUGUUCUUUUAGCCCAAGAAGAGAUGGUGGAACAAAGGACUUCAAGAAAAAUGGGUCUCAUUUUCUCUUGA